CUUUGUUUGGAUGUAUCGCUUCCGCCCUCAGUUUGCUGCUAAGAUUUAACGAUAGGCGACCGGGAAGAGUAUCUGUGGUUAAACUUCAACACAGAGGAUUUAAAUCCACGAAUAUGGGGAAAAAACACAAGAAGCAUAAACCAGAGUGGAGAACAGUUGAUGGUACCUGACUGCAUGUUUUUACUAUUUGUACUGCAUUGCUUUGUUCGUGUUAGCUUUCUAUUAGCUCGCCAAGCUAAGAUGGCUAAACAAUAUUGGAGCAGUAUAACAGGGGGGCAUUUGUUUAUCUCUCACACCCCCUGAAUACCUGUUCUGAUCGCUCAACAUAGUAAAACCCCCUUAGCUUUUAAAGAAUACUUGAACUUUUCAACAUCGGGGUUUUUCUUUCAGAAAGCUUGUGAAUUAGAGGUUUUUGUUGACGGGAUCAGACUGUUGUGUUGGGUUGCAUUUGAAUGCCCAGUGUUCCUAAUGUUAUGGCUGCUCGGUGUAUAGUGGAGAGUGGGGUAAGAUGAGCCAUUUUUCAUAUUUCGGAUCACUACAUCAAGGUUAUCAUAGUUUUGUCUCUAACUAGUGUCUCUGCAUAUAUUUCAAGAUGUUGUCCAUUCCUGCAAACCAACAGAAUGAGUGUAAACAUAACUGUCUUGAUACUAUUGCAUGCUAAAAAAGGGCUCCCCUAUGGUCUUAUACUUACCCCGUGUAUGGGGUAAGUAUAAGACCAUAGGAGCGGGGUAAGUUGAGCCGUAUCCCUACUAUCCCGGCUCCUUCACCCCAGCCCUCCCUCACCUUCUGUCUCCCUAAAUAACAGUCACAUCUUCACAUUCAUGCCAUUUUAAACAUGAGAAUGUCUUUAAGUGAUUCAGAACAUUCACAGCUGUAUUUUUGAAAAGACAAAGUAAAACAUUUCAACAAUCUGAACUGAAACUCUGAUCCUCUCAUCAGACUUGUUUACUUUCUCAGUUAGCCCAGAGCUACUAUUGUGACUGUAUUAGUCCUCUAAGCUAAAAUGGGGGACUUUUAUGCUAGGUUUUUAUCUGGGAUACACACAUUUGACCAACAGAUAAAACAGCAAAGCCCCCUCAGAGCUGGUGCUGGUGCAGUCUGCACCAGAACAGAGUCCUGUGCUGGUCUGAAGCAGACACUCAUGGUUAUGGAAAGUUUGAACACUUUACUUUACUUUACUCUACUGAUCUGUAAAAAACGCUGCAGGAUUCACAUAAUGAAUGAAUGUCAAUAAACACAAUUUUAAUAAAACUUAAGACAAACUAAAUUCAAUUUCAAGAGCGAAAAAUGUUUUUUUGGAAAUAAAUGUCUAACCCCUUCACCCAUGUGCGUCUAACCUUCACAGACUCUGUGAGUUGAUGUCUAUCUCCUAAAUAUUUGGUCACAUGAUCAAUUUCUUUUACCAUUUCCAAGCAACAGGGAGUGGCUCAACUUACCCUUUGGCUCAACGUACCUCACUCUCCCCUACUAUGCAGCUAUUUCCCGAUAGGCCUCUAAAAAUUUUAAAUAUAAAGCAAUCUGUGAAAACUCAUGGUAUACCCAGCAUGACCAUCUGUUUAGGGAUUUACUCCAUCCUUUUUGACUUUGUUGUAGACUUUGAGGACAAAGCUCUGGAGAAGCCCCUAAAGCUUGUGCUCAAAGUUGGAGGUAGUGAGGUGACAGAGCUCUCUGGUUCGGGCCAUGACUCCAGCUACUACGAUGACCGAUCAGACCUUGAGCGAGAACGCCACAAAGAGAAGAAAAAGAAGAAGAAGAAAAAGUCAGAAAAGGAUAAGGACAAAUACGUAGAUGAUGAGGAGAGAAGACGGCGGAAGGUUAGUUCACGUUUUCAUCAAAUCUCUAACUGCAUUUGUGUUUCACCACUAUAAGUUUAAAAUUAUCCCUUAUCCUUUAACGCCAUCCUGUAGGAAGAAAAAAGGAAGAAGAGGGAGCGAGAGCAGAAUGAAUCAGAGGCAGCAGCUGCUGCAACAAGUGGAGCUGGUGUGCCUGUUGAACCUUUCACAUUGUCUAAAAGUAUAAGCAUUGGAUUAGAGGUGAGUAGAUUAACCUCAAGCUAAGGUACAUGAAAGUGACAGUCUUGGUGAUUUUGUCACUUACUGUGAAUGCAUCUCAUCAGCCAGAGGAAAAGAAGAAGAAGAAAGAGAAAGAGAAAGAGAGGUUCGAGUCAGAGCCAGAAGUGGAAGAGUUUCACCCUCAUGUAAAGGUGGAGGUAGAGCAACAAGGAGACAGACCUGUUCGAGCAUGCAGGACACAACAUGGUGAGAGGGCCUGUUUUGAGUCAAGCAUCAGAAUCCGUUGGAACACUGCAUUGAAAUUAAUACCAAUUAUCAAUGUAUUAAUUUCAGUAUUUAUCUUUAUGCUUACAAAAUACAGAGAGUGAGUCCACACCUCGGCAGCAGUUGCUGGAGCAUUUCUUACGUCAGUUGCAAAGGUGAGAAACGCAAAGUAAAGAUUUAGAGGCAUAGACUGACAGGCUUGAUACCACAUGUAAACACUAGUUUCACUACUCUGAAGAUAAAAAGUAUCCACAAAACCAAGCACAGGUUAGCACACAUACACAAGAUUUGUAACUGAAUAAAUAUUGCUAUUAAAAUUUUCUGAACAGAGUCACACACCACAGAAAGAAGAAAAAAACUUUUCCAUUUUGGUAGAAAAGAGCAGUCUGAAACAGAGCCACAGGUUGGUGAUAAAUUAAGAGACACUGAUGAUGUUUUGUUCAUCUUUCCAGAAAAGACCCCCAUGGAUUCUUUGCAUUUCCAGUGACAGAUGCAAUCGCUCCUGGCUAUUCAAUGAUCAUCAAGCAUCCAAUGGACUUCAGCACCAUGAAAGACAAGAUUCAAAACAAUGACUACAACACAGUAACUGAAUUUAAGGUUAGCACAUCUCAUCAAAAGUUAGUUGAUAUAGUAGUUAUCUAUUUUGAAGAUGUGUGAAAACAAAGACGUGUUUGAACACUGUUUUCUUUCCUUCAGGCGGACUUUAAGCUGAUGUGUGACAAUGCUAUGGUGUACAACCGGCCAGAGACUGUUUAUUACAAGGCUGCCAAGAAACUUCUGCAUACAGGCUUCAAGAUGAUGAGCAAGGUAACAAGAUCUCAUGGAAUAAUGAGCUAAUUUGAUUUGACAAAUAUCUUGUUGUGACCGAUCCACCCUUUCAUUUUGACUUUAGCCCACGGAAACUGUCAUGCCAUUUAACUUAAUUCAAAAUAGAUAAUGGACACAACUGUUUAAGUGCUUCAUUUCCCAUUUUUGUGGAUAGGGUUUUGACAGCAAAGUUUCAUGAAUCCUGUUUGAAUUUUGGAGUUGAGCAAACAGCAGACAGACUGUAGUCAUGAUGUAACCCAGAGCAUGGACCUCCACAUCGAAAAUGGAUUCAAAAGAGUGCUGCAUUUUAAAAACUUAACAGCCCCCUACAUAUAGAUAUCGAGUUAAUAUGUAGAAAUCCAAAGGUUUUCAUAAAAAAUAUGAAUGUUUAUCAUAAGCUUUGACUGUCAAACAUUGGAAAUGAUUCAAGCUGCUGUCAAAUGAUGCUCCUUUUUUCUUCUUUAAAUACACAGGAGCGGCUGUUGGCCCUUAAGCGCAGCAUGUCUUUCAUGCAGGACAUGGACUACAGCCAACAGGUGGCUAUUUUGGGAGACGAGGACCUUGCAACAGAUAUCCCUCCUUCAGAGAUCAUCCCAAUGCCUGUGGAAUCAGUGAAAAAGUCCAAGAAGCAACCAGUCAAAGAUAUGAAAGAAGUCAUCAGGUAUUGUUUAUUAAUUGUUAUAUCAAGAUUAAAUGUCAACAAGGAAUAAACUCCCAGUAGUUAGAUCCUGGCUGAGAGUUUGAUAGUGUAUGACUUAUCAGCUAAUUUCGGGCCUUUUUAUACCUCUGUUAUUUCAGUUAUCUGUAUGAACCAGAGGGAAAUGCUUGCAGCUUGACUGACAGUACAGCAGAGGAGCACGUUCUGGCUCUUGUUGAGCAUUCUGCAGAUGAAGCUCGAGACCGGAUCAACAGAUACAUGCCGAACUCCAAGGUGUGUCCCAGAUAUUUAAUGUGUAUACUCAUACUUGUUCCUAGAUGUUUCUGAAGAAGACCCUGUUGAUUCAUCAUUUGAAUUUUGGUUCCUCUGUCCUGUGUUUUCAGAUGGGCUACUUGCGAAAAGAGUCAGACAGUUCUCUUCUGUAUACUGUUGUAAAUCAGCUCGACCCAGACGCAGAAGGUUUGUUGUCAAUGUGCAGUGUUUUUCAACAACUUUUCUACAUAAGAUCAGAACUGUGUUUGUGUAAAUCUGUUGGUGGUUUAUUUUUCUUGUCAUAUUCUUGCAGAAGAGGAGACUCAUAAAGUGGACCUCAGCUCUUUGUCGAAUAAGCUUCUGCCUGGGCUAACAACUUUAGGUUUCAAAGAUGACAGGAGACACAAAGGUAUUCAGAUGCAAAUGAUGCAUUUAAUGUUUGUAUGUUGCUUAAAUGAUCUAUCCUACAUUUUUACUUAGAAGUACCAAAUGUCUUACAUCUUUCUUUCUUGCCUGUUUAGUCACGUUUCUUAGCAGUGCCUAUAAUGUUCAGAGCCUCCAGAAGAACUCGGUCUUUACAGACCUUCUGCCUGAUGAGGUGGACAUGCUAUAUUCAGCCUAUGGAGAUGACACAGGGGUUCAAUGUGCUCUCAGGUAGAGGGAACGUUCUCUCAUACUUAAAUCUAUGACUUCAGUAAUCCAGAGGAAAUUUGUGUCCCCAUGUUCAUCUCCUGAUGUAUUUCCUUUCGACCUCAGCAUCCAGGAGUUUGUCAAAGGCUGUGGAGGUGCAACCAAACGUUGGGUCGACAGGCUUCUGGACAAGAUGACUGCAGAUGAUCACACCAAAGCUGUCAGUCAAAUCCGACAGGUAUUUUCCUUGUACUGAAAUUUCAUUUGUACACAUAACCUGUUACUAGCAUCAUCCUCAGCGGUUUUCCUGUUUUUGUGACCUUGUCUGUGCCUGAUAGAUGCUUUACGUUUCAGAAAAGAAACAUUGUGCUGAAACCCGAUGAAAACAAAUCAAGCCUCUGUGACAUGCAGGUAAGCUGGAACUGCUGUUUGAACUGACAAUACACCAAAAACUGUCGUUCAACUGAUCUGAUUAGAGCUUUGUGAUUUUGUGCAGAUGUCUGAUGGUGCUGGCCUUGGAGAGAGUGGCUCAGUCCUGGACUUUAUGUCCAUGAAGAACUACCCUGACAUGUCUCUGGAUAUAUCCAUGCUAAACUCAUUAGGUAGUUAACUGAAUCCACACACAUGCCGCGUGGCAACAUUUAAAUCCUACUUAAGAAAGGGAGUUUGAACUGUGUUAAUGUGAUCAGAGUGAUCACAGUUGCGGUAUUGAAAGGAGAGUAAGUUAAGCGUAUUUAGGAGCAUUACAGACAUGUAAUCACCUUAACUCUUUUAAAACUGUCAGGAAUAGUCAAACAGUGAUCAUGUCUUUUUCACUAUUUCAUCAUCAGGUAAAACUGUGAAAAAAGAACCGGGAAAUGAGGAAGGCCAGCAGCACUUCGAUGAUGCAGACAAACUGCUGCAGGAGUUCCAGGAGGCCCAAGUGGACAGAGUAGGCUCCAGACCAUCAUCCAACCUUUCCUCUCUUUCUAAUGCUUCAGAGAGGGACCAACACCACCUAGGUAUCUGAAAUAGAAGUUGGAGUAAAAAAUGUAUUGUUGAAUAAGAAGUGUUACUCCUGAAAUGAUUUUUCUGGAGAAUUCAGCUGAAUGUUACUCCAUCGUUUCUAUAAAGAUUCAUCUCUUUCGACCAAAUAACAGCCUUGUUAUGUUAUCAACACUAAUGUGACAACUGUGUGAUGUUUUAUCUCACAGGGAGUCCAUCUCACCUGGGUGUUGGGGACCAGUCUGAAAUGGUUCAUGACCCCUACGAGUUCCUGCAAUCUCCGGAGUCAGAGAGCGCGGCCAACAGCUGACCACACACACAGUCGUUUUGUUACCGUGGUGUUAACAGCACCGAGUACUCUCCCGUGGACUGUUGAUGCACUGUGAAGACAGCAGGACCUUCUUACCUGUUUUUACAACUUCAAACAAUUGUACAGAGUGUUUGUAGUGUAGCUGUAUGCUGUUAAUGAAGUGCAACACUUGUAAAAUAAAUGUGAGCUUUUUUAUUUUAAA